GAGGCCUCCAGGGCGGAAGUGGAUCGCUGUUGCGGCGGCGGCGUCUUGCUGGAGGGUUUCUCCUCCGUGGUUUCCGGGGGUGCUUCCUCGCUGGACCGCAGACUGGCUACUGCCGGACCAGACCGGCUCCAGGAUCUGAGGACACCGGACAUAUAUUUGUCUGCCGAUUGCGAUGCUAGCCCGCAGAUGAGUAACCCGGGGCUGUGAGAGGUCGUCCCCUUCCCUGCCAGCUCACACAGCUCCCGCCCUUCUCGGGAGGGUGGAGCCGAAGGGCACGAUGAGCACGAGAAAGCGUCGUGGUGGGACAGUAAAUUCGAGACAAGCCCAGAAGCGAACUCGGGAAGCAGCCUCCACCCCCGAGAUGGCCUUGGAAGCAGAGCCCAUCGAGCUUGUGGAAAGCGCUGGAGACGAGAUCGUGGACCUGACCUGCGAGUCACUGGAGCCUGUGGUUGUGGACCUGACUCACAACGACUCUGUCGUGAUUGUUGAUGAAAGGAGGCGGCCAAGGAGGAACGCGCGGCGGCCGCGCCAGGACCAGGCCGACAGCUGUGUGGUGAGCAGUGACGAGGAGGAGCUGCCCAGGGACAGAGACGUGUACGUGACCACGCACACAUCCAGACACGCCAGGGAGGAGGCGGCCACGGGACACCGGCCCUCUGGUACCGUCAGCUGCCCCAUCUGCAUGGACGGGUACUCUGAGAUUGUACAGAACGGACGGCUCAUCGUUUCCACAGAGUGUGGCCACGUCUUUUGUAGCCAGUGCCUCCGUGACUCCCUUAAGAAUGCUAACACUUGCCCGACUUGCAGGAAAAAGAUCAGCCACAAACGAUACCACCCCAUUUAUAUCUGAAGCAUGGGGCAUGCUCGGGAGAGGCAGAUGGACAGACAGCCGGGCCAGGUCCUCCACAAGCCGCCUGUGGCUUCUCUGCCUCAGUGUCCUGAGCUCAAAAAGACUAUUUCAGAGCCAGCAUCUGAUACGUAAACUGCUCUUUUGUUUCAAACCUGAUCUUAGACCCUUUCGUUACCUCCAGUUCGUUGCGAUGAGGCUGGAGCCAGGGCCCAGGCCGGGGUCCCCACCUCUGCCCCUGUGGGUGCUCCGGUGCCAGGGUAGGAGAGAGGGAGUUAGGCACAUCAGAAUUGAGAAUCGUGGUUCCAGCCUCUUUCUGGAACCUGCAUGUUUGCCAAGAAAUGUUCCCCGUUUGGCAUGUCCGCCCCGGCUUCCCCGUGGCAGGGUGCUGGCCCGGCCUUCCCGGGCAGGCUACCUCGUCCCUGGCAUCGGUCCGCCUCAGUGACAAGCCAGACGAGGUCCGUCCAGCCCGAGGAUCGCAGGCGUGAGCACAGCCCGGGGAAGACUUAGCCCCGGGCUGUCGUCUUUCCUGGAGAGUCUGAGGUCGGCCGUGACUCCACCCCGCCCCCCACCCCGGCAGUGACAUGCGGGGCUGCUGCAGCUCAGGGGGCUCUCUGCGGGGCAACUCUAGGAACGGAAUGUGCAAUAAAGCCUGUUCUCUGCCUACUUCUCGGCAGCACAGGAGAUGCAGCGCUGCUAGUGUCCCCUCGAGGCCCCUUGUUGCCUGUGGAGCAGUGCCUGUCACGUCCGUCCUAUUCGCCACCUGUUCUCAGGAACUUUCCCCGUGCCCCAGAGUCUCUCACCUGGCGCAGGUCAUGCCAGGCGUGUAGGGCAGAUGUGUGGCUGGGCUCACCACGCGCCCUCUGCUCCUUGGUUCCCACUGCCUAACUCUCCUCGUGCAUAAAGACCGAGCUGGCGGCAGGGCCUGUGGCCUUACCAGCCACCAUGUCCCCGCUGCUGUCCAAGUCACGGCUUCCCUGAGUUUCAGAGAGUCUGGCCCGCCUGACACCAGCUGGGCUCCUCCCGGCCUCCACCCGCCCCUGCACGCCGGCUGACGUUCAUUUCAGAAGCUGUUCCUCUGGCCUCUUGGGCUUUGGACUGCUCCAUAGGCUUGGCUGGCACAGUCCGGCGGCCUCUCCCCAGCGGACCCAGAUCCCACGCUCUGCUCAGCUGUCUCGGUCCUCCAGGAGGCGACGGUGUGACCCGACGGCCCCUCACAGCACAGGGCCGGGGGCGGCCAGCCGGGGAGAGGCCUUGCCCUGCCACCGCCUCCGCAGCCGCAGCACAGGGCUUCUUGCCACCCACCAGCCUCUCCGUGUGAGAGCCGCAAGGUGGGAAGGGGCCGCCUCGGGCUUUGCUAGCAAUAACUGACCUUCAGCUUUCCCUCUGAAGGAGCAGGGACUCGGCACGGAAUUCACUUUAAACGGGGCUGAAGGAGUGUCCCUCCUCUAUGUGAAAAGAAAGUUGUUUUCUUCUUCAUUCUGACUUUUAACUAUUUGGCUCACUUCCAGUUAAUUUGGAUGAAAAUAAUAAUUUUCUACUGGGAGCCGAGGAGGGCAGGACGCCGUUCUCCUCGGCCCGACGCUGGGCAUGUCUGCCCCCCGAUCCAGCCUCCUUGCCUUCACGUUCCUCUGGGCUUCGUGGAAACUCGCUCUGUUCCGACAGCAGUACCACACUUCAGAACCCAGGACGACCGUGCAGCCCACAUCUCCUUUAAGUUUUGUGCUUAAGGACAAAUGGUUGAUCAUUAGCUUGUAUUCCUUCAUUCUAAAUUAAAUUGGGAAAAAAUGUUUAGUUUCUCCUAUUCAGAAACUACAAAAUAGGUUGGUAAGAAAAUCAUUUUCCUUUCUUCAUUGUACAUAGUUCGGAUCUUUCUUUGUUACACUUAAUCUAUAUCCAUGUACAUCCGUCUUUUUGACUCUACUAGUGUUACAGAUGGAAAUAAAAUAAUUAAUUUGAACCAGA